AAUGCACAGCACAUCAGACAGCAAAAUUUGGCUGACUUUGGCUUUUGUCUCUACAAACUUCAAUCAUCGUCCCCCUCCAGCUCGAAGCUUAUUUCUAUCCAAUCCUGUCACUCUGCUUAAUCUUAUGCUGUCGCUUCCCAACGACCCUAGAUGUCACAGUUUCAAUUUAAAGCUAAAGGAAAAUCCGUUAUUUCCUGUUCACUUAUCCUACAUUCAACAAAAAUGGCAAGUGAUCUCUAGAGAUGAAGCUUUCCAACAGUUCUUUCAAGCUGAAUUGGAUAGAUGGACUAUUCAUAAGAGAUUUCUGAAAUUCGAAAAACGAAGUAUUAAUAAACUCAAUGCGACACACGGGCCACCCGGCUCUGGAAAAUCGUUCUUCCUUGAUGCCAUUGCAGAAUUAUGCCUAGCCUCUCGCUCUGGUGAUAGUGACAAAAAGGAGUGGGCCGACAACAUACUCCGUGUUACUUUACCUAGUGAUGUUUCGGCUGAUUUUGAUAUUCAUAUUACACCAGAAGAACGAAACCAACUUUUAGAUGAGCUUUUGAAUCGUACUGUAGUUGUUCCUAUUACCUACAUUUCGCGAACUUCGACGCCAUUUGAUGACGAAAAUCCUGGUGUUGCACUUCGAAUGCUUUUUUCAUUUUUUUUUGAACAUGAAGAAUACAUAAAGAGUGAAUGGCAAAAGUUUGUUGACUUUAUAAUUCAAAACUACGACGUCAAUAAAUUAACUUUGAGCACUGCCUCCGAAUGCAUCUUGAGUUAUCAACCAAAUAUCAAUUUAGAUGGAAGUCAAAAACCAUGUCGCAUUUUCUUGUUAUUGGAUGAGCUUAUGAAGUGCUGUUAUAAAGAUGGACAAUUUGGACCUCAGAUUAAUAUAAUUCUCACAGCAAUUGGCAGGAAUUCCGACGCGAUGGCCUCAUUUUCAUCCAUCGUUACCACAUUGGAUCAACAGCCUGUUCGAAUUUCUGCCACAAAAUCUGGUCGAUCGAUUAAUUGGCUCCCGCUGAAACCAAUUAAUGGAUCAAUACUCUUCCCGCAAGAAAAAUAUCCAAAUGAAGCGUUUCAAAUGCUGGUGAACGACUGCAAUGAUCAUCCCCUCACACUUCAAAUCUUGGCGCAAGGGAUCACACGACACAAGUGGGGACCUUCUGAGCGUUACCAUCGGAUGUUAAAUGAUCUAUUAACAGAUAUUGAACUGGUAUCACGAAUGGGAUUGAAACCGACACUGUAUCAAAUUAUCCCAGCUAUUCUUAAUCAGAGGGUCAGUCCUGAGAAAUAUGGCUAUAAGCUUCAGAAAACGUACGCUGAAUUGAUAACAGAGAGAUCGUAUAUAAACUCGCUCACACAUGAAGACUCAUUCAUUCCUAUCAUCUCUUCGAUAACCUUGUUUCGAUUCGCACGCGCGAGUAAGAACGAUGAAGGAGAUGAUGGUUUGAUUGCUCUUAUUUUGUCAGAUAUGCUGGAAUUUGAACAAAAUGGCUAUUUCGAAUCAUUUGAAAAGUUUCACGCUGGUUGGGAAGCCCUAAAGCGUACUAUCCUGGCAAUCCUUAUUGAAGAUGGAUAUUAUAAACAUAAUUCUUUUUCGCUCAGCAGUUUUUAUAACACGAGCAUUCAAUAUAACGCUAAUGAAUUUAAUCCUGAAGCGUUCUACUUCAUGCCUCGAAAAUGCAAGGUGGUUAAUCUCAAACAUCACUGGCCGGAAAGUUUGAUACUCGAGAUAAUACAUUCAUUCCCGACCUCGAAUCCGU